AUGGAAUUAAGGAAAUGGAAAACUAACUCAGUUGAGCUUCGUGAUAAAUGGAGAGAGGCGGGUUUAGAAAUAGAUGAAGAAAAAUAUUCAAUUAAUGAUAACUCUGCUUUAACUCCUUGUAAAGUGCUAGGAUUAGCCUGGGAUUCCGAUUUAGAUGUAUUCCAGUUUGACACUCGAAGUUUAGAGAAAUUCCUGUCUAAAACGGUAAAUUCCAAAAGAUAUGUCCUUCAAGUAGCUGGGCGCAUUUUUGAUCCAGUGGGGUUUUUAGGACCUUUUACCAACAACAUAAAAUGUCUAAUACAGGACAUUUGGUGCUUGGGAUUAGACUGGGAUAACCCUCUCCCGAAAACACUGACUACUGAAAUAAACGAAUGGUGCGAAAAAAUAAAAAAUUUGCAUCUCAUUAAAAUACCUAGAUAUUUUUUCGCCGAAGCAAAAAUUAAUGAAAUAGUUGAAUCUCAACUACAUUGUUUUUCUGACGCCUCUAAGAGGGCAUAUGGAACUGUAGUGUACAUUAGAGUCUUAUUGAAAAGCGGGGAAAUCAAAUCAAAUUUGGUCGCUUCAAACAGUAGAGUAGACCCUCUAAAGACGCUUUCGAUCCCAAGAUUAGAACUAAUGGGUGUUCUUUUAGCAGCAAGGCUAGGCUGUAAAAUAGUCAAGUGCAUUAACUUUCCUGUUACACGAUUCUUCUGGACUGACUCUUCAAUUGUUUACUAUUGGAUGAAGGGUGACCCUGAAAGAUUUAAAGUGUUCGUAAAAAACAGAAUUAAAGAAAUCCAAAAUCUAACCGGAACUGAUAAUCCGGUCUAUCUAAUAUCAAGAGGGUUAACGGUACAUGAACUGAAAAACUCUAACUUCCGAUGGCAUGGGCCAAAUUGA